UCGUCAAUCGCUUAUCGUUUUUAUAAGACUUUAAAAAAAAACAUGCAAAGAUUUAGUCAAAUAUUUGGACAACAAAAAUGCAAAGUUAUUGGCAUGAUACAUGUCGAUGGGCUGCCAGGAACACCAAAUUAUGCCGGAAAAUGGAAACAGACGAUAGAGAAGGCCAUCUAUGAGGCGGAAUUGUACAAGAAACACCAACUGGAUGCUGUCCUCAUAGAAAAUAUGCAUGAUAUUCCCUAUGUCCCGGAGCGCCUUUUGGGACCCGAAAUAGUUGCCUGCAUGACACGUGUGGGCCAGGCAGUGCGCCAGAUUAUGCCACCGCAUGUGCCCUGCGGUGUUCAAGUUCUGGCCUGUGGCAAUAAACAAGCCCUGGCCAUCGCAAAGGCCAGUCAAUUGCAAUUCAUACGCUCCGAGGGCUUUGUUUUUGGUCAUGUCGCCGAUGAGGGUUACACUGAUGCCUGCGCUGGGGAUUUGUUACGCUAUCGAAGGCUAAUCGAUGCCCAAGAUGUACUGAUCUUUACGGAUUUGAAAAAGAAGCACAGCUCACACUCGAUCACAGCGGACGUCAGCCUUUUAGAGACUGCUCAUGCAGCGGAAUUCUUUCUCACCGAUGGCAUCAUCAUAACAGGCACAGCAACUGGCCAGGCAGCAAGUCCCAAAGAUCUAGAAGAGCUUUCGGGCAGAAUUAAAGUACCCCUCAUUAUUGGCUCCGGUGUUACCAAGGAUAAUGUGGACUUGUACUUUGAUGGUGCUCAGGCCAUGAUCAUUGGUUCGCAUUUUAAACGUCAUGGCAAAUGGCAGGAGGAGCUUAGUGAAGAGGCUGUGGCGGAUUUUAUGAGAAGAAUCUGUGAACUUAGAAUGUCAAAGUAAAUAAUUAGCAGGUGUAAAGAGAUUUAUUGAUAUUUUUUUGAGCAUAUAAACAUUAAUAAAAUAAUAAAUUG